AUGAAGAAAAAAGAAAAGGAGAGAGAGAAAGAGGAAAAAAUGAAGAAAUUUUUGGAAAAGAAACAAGCCCAAGAAGCUCAGAGCAAGAAAGAUGAAGGCAGUACAGAGAAGAAGGAGAAAAAAGAAAAGAAGGAAGUGAUAAGAUAUGAUAUUAAGACUAACAAAGGAGACAGAAAAGAUACGUUGGGUACAAUGCCUGACUCUUACAGUCCUAGUUUCGUAGAAGCUGCCUGGUAUGAUUGGUGGGUAAAGGAAGGAUUCUUCAAACCUGAAUAUGGGGGUCGAGAUCCGAAGAAAACGAAAGAUGAAGAUAAGUUUAUUAUGAUGAUACCACCACCUAAUGUUACUGGCUCUCUUCAUCUCGGCCACGCCUUAACUAACGCUGUAGAGGAUACACUGGCUCGAUGGCAUCGUAUGAACGGUAAGAUGGUAUUAUGGGUACCAGGAUGUGAUCACGCAGGUAUCGCUACUCAGGUUGUGGUAGAGAAAAAACUGAUGAGAGAACAGAAACUAACACGACAUGAUCUCGGCAGAGAGAAAUUUAAUGAACAGAUCUGGAACUGGAAAAAUGAAAAAGGUGACAGAAUUUACCAUCAGUUACAGCGUUUAGGAGGUUCGUAUGAUUGGGAUAGAUGUAAUUUUACUAUGGACCCAAAACUAUGUCGAGCUGUAACGGAAGCGUUUGUAAGACUUCACGAUACUGGAUUAAUCUAUCGUAGUGUUCGAUUGGUCAACUGGUCCUGUGCUUUAAAUUCAGCUAUAUCAGAUAUUGAGGUAGAUAAGAAGGAAUUAGAAGGAAGAACGUUUCUACCAGUACCAGGAUAUAAAGAGAAGGUAGAAUUUGGUGUCCUUGUUUCAUUUGCCUACCCUGUAGAAAAUUCAGAGGACCGUAUUAUCGUAGCUACAACACGUAUAGAAACUAUGUUAGGUGAUACGGCCGUAGCCGUCCAUCCUAACGAUGAUAGAUACAAACAUCUACAUGGAAAAUUCGUUAAACAUCCAUUCUUUGAACGUCGUCUGCCCAUUGUCUGUGAUGAUUUUGUAGAUGUGAGUUUUGGUACAGGUGCUGUAAAAAUAACGCCAGCCCAUGAUCAGAAUGAUUAUGAAGUAGGAGUAAGAUUAAAGUUACCUCUAUUAACUAUUAUAGAUGAUAAAGGUAAUAUGACACCAGACUGUGCUCAAUUUGCUGGUAUGAAGAGGUUUGAUGCUAGGAAAGCUGUAUUAGAAGCGUUGAAAGAAAAAGGAUUAUUUGUAGAAGUAAAAGAUAAUCCUAUGGUUGUACCAAUGUGUAGUCGAUCUAAAGAUGUAAUAGAACCACUGUUAAAGCCACAGUGGUAUGUAGACAUGAAAGAAAUGUCGGCAGAGGCUGUUAGAAGUGUUAAAGAAGGAGAAUUAAAAUUAAUACCUGAUGUUCAUAAUAAAACAUGGUAUAGCUGGUUAGAUAAUUCUAGAGAUUGGUGUAUAUCUCGUCAGUUAUGGUGGGGACAUCGUGUACCAGCUUACUUCGUUAAAAUAGAUGACCCGAACAUUCCUCCCGGAACAGAUACAGAUGGUAAUUAUUGGGUAAGUGGAAGAACUGAAGACGAGGCUAAACAACGAGCAGCAGAUAAAUUUAAAGUCUCUAAAGAUAAAAUAACUCUAAAACAAGAUGAAGAUGUCUUAGAUACAUGGUUCUCAUCUGGUAUAUUUCCCUUCAGUGUAUUCGGUUGGCCAGAGCAGACGUCAGACUUGGAAUCAUUCUAUCCUGGAACUCUGCUAGAGACUGGACAUGAUAUUCUAUUCUUCUGGGUAGCUAGGAUGGUUAUAUUUGGACAAAAACUCAUGGGAAAACUUCCUUUUAAAGAGGUAUAUCUACACGCGAUGGUACGAGAUGCUCAUGGUAGAAAGAUGAGUAAAUCUCUAGGUAACGUGAUAGAUCCUAUAGAUGUUAUACAAGGUAUUACUAUAGAGGAUUUGCAUAAAAGAUUAGAGGAAGGUAAUUUAGAGGGGAAAGAAAUCGAGAAGGCGAAGACAGGACAGAAAAAAGAUUAUCCUAACGGAAUCCCAGAAUGUGGAACUGACGCGUUACGUUUCGCUCUCGUAGCCUACACCUCUCAAGGUCGCGACAUUAACCUCGACGUCCUCAGGGUUCAAGGUUACAGGUUUUUCUGUAAUAAAUUAUGGAACGCUACCAAGUUCGCUCUUCUUAGUUUAGGUGAAAAUUUCAGACCAACAGAUUCUUUUGUGCUAUCUGGUAAUGAGAGAGUAAUGGAUAAAUGGAUUUUAAGUCGUCUGACACUAGCUGUUGAAAUAUGUGCUACUGGUUUUCAGAAUUAUGAUUUUCCUGCUGUCACUACGGCUUGUUAUAAUUUCUGGUUAUAUGAAUUAUGUGAUUGGUAUUUGGAGUAUAUGAAACCUAUUAUAUAUGGCCCUGAUGAAGAAGCCAAGCGAGCCUGUCGCGACGUACUGUAUACUUGUUUAGAUAUGGGAUUGAGGCUAUUACAUCCCAUGAUGCCAUUUGUUACCGAGGAGUUAUUCCAGAGGUUACCAAGACGACAUGCUAAUGAACCUCCCAGUAUAUGUGUUACGCCCUAUCCUCUACCUAAAGAUAUACAACUACGAGAGAAAGACGUAGAAGCGAAUGUAGAAUUUGUUCAAUCUGUAGUUAAAAGUUUACGUUCCAUGAGAGCUGAUUAUAACCUCAAUAAACAGAAAGCUGAUGUGUAUCUCAAAGUAUCUGAUGAAGCUACUGCUAAAAUUUUAAUCAGUUUUGCCGAUGUGAUAGAAGCGUCUACUAGCGCUAACUGUGUUCAUAUUCUAAUCAAUGAGGCGCCACCUAGUGGCUGUGCAAUGUCGACCGUCUCCACCAAAUGUGAAACAAAUCUGAUGCUCAAGGGCUUGAUAGACGUCAAAAAAGAAAUCUCUAAAUUAGAAGGUAAAAAAGAUACACUAGGUAAACAAUUGAUCAAAUUAAAAGACUCGACAAAGAAAUCAGAUUAUUCGUCGAAAGUUCCAGAAGACGUACGCAAACAGAAUACAGAUAAGGUGAGGAGUUGUUAUCUGGAGUUAUUUCCCUUGGAUUACUCUCUACCCAUUCAUUCACUCAUUUAUUCAUUCAUUCACUCAUUUAUUUCAUCAUUAAUUCAUUCACUCAUUUAUUUGUUCAUUUAUCCAUUUAUUUAUUCUGUCUAUCUAUUGUAG